AUGGACGUGAGCGUCAAUAGUUGCGUUCCAAACCCAGUGGAAGAGUCUCAACGCCCCAUAUUGCAUAUUGAGGCUCGAGUGAAAUGUGCUAGUGAUGGCAUGAUCGUUCGCACUGAUCUGGUUAGGGAUGAGGUUACAGAAUGGCUUCACAACAAUUUCAUCGUGAUGUCUGUUGAUCAAUUUAUCAAUUCUUUCGGAGGUCUAAGCGAACCACAUGCUCAAGCCCUGGAGUUUAUACUCGUGACCGAAUGUAGCGGCGGCAAUCUGGAGUCCGGUGCAUAUCGACUUCAGGAUGUCCAACUGGACGUUCAGGUGUACCAACUGCGUACAAAAUCGGAGCGACAAAGCUUGCAGAAGACCAGUGCACUUGAGGAUUCAGCAGAAGCCGGGGGUGGAGUCGCUACGGCAAGAGUACUGGCCUUACCGAGCAUAGAUCUGGAGGGAUUAUGGGAGACGUUGGAUUACGAUCAACCAAUUCAGUCGACGCUUCUUUCGGCUAUAAGUAGAAUGGUCUCGUUUUCUGCCCAUAAACUCGAUAAGUGGACUAUCAAUUGGAACAAGUUGAUACUCAUAUGGGGGCCACCAGGAACUGGGAAGACAAGCCUUUGUCGCGGUCUUGCCCAGAAGCUUGCAAUACGCCUGGGAACGGAUUAUCCCCAGAGCAAGCUAUUUGAGAUCAACGCAUACUCUUUAGGAAGCAAGUAUUUCGGCGAGAGUAGCAAACUUGUGAAUGGAAUGUUUGAGAACAUUGAGACAAUUCUCCAGGAGGAAGAAGAUACAUUCGUUUGUUUGUUCAUGGAUGAGAUAGAGACCUUGGUUGCUCGGAGAGACCGGGCACUGAGCAGCAAUGAGCCCUUUGACGCAAUUCGAGCAGUCGAUGCGGUACUCACAGGGCUGGAUAAGCUGAAAGAACAUUCGAAUGUUAUCGUUGUCUGCACCAGCAAUUUGAUUACGGCGCUGGACCAAGCUUUCCUCGAUCGAGUUGAUAUCAAACAAUACAUACCGCAACUAUCUAGCAGACCUAUAUAUAAUAUCUACAAGGACUGCCUAGAGGAGUUGAGCCAGAGUGGACUCAUUGGGGGUGUUUCAUUCGACGUGGUCCAAGUUACUCCGGACGAUCCCCAGACGGCUUUGCAGUAUGUGGAGCAGGCUGCGGAACACCUCACCCUCCCGACUUUUGACGAAGUGCUGCUGCACUAUAGAUCUUUCCCCGAUGCUAUACCCACGCUACUUGCUAAUGCUGUCUUUGAAAGUGAGGGGCUUAGCGGUCGCACGGUUCGAAGACUACCCGCUCUAUCGUUGAUUCUUUAUAGUAACGGUACCCGAUGCGAUAUUCGGACAGCAGUUGAGGCGCUGCGUAUGGGAAUAGCGUCGGAAUGGCAGGCUAAGACGGAGGCGACGAUGACUAUGGCGGAAGAGCAGCUCUCGGGAACAACAUAA